AUGUCUGAACUUGGACAGCCCGUCCGAAUCAAGUAUAUACCCUCGCUAGCCUUUAGCCUCGCACGCCGACGGAUGACGACGACCGGCAAACCUAUCAAGCUCCCAGGCAAGAACUGGGCUCGAUCCUUUGAGAGACGCAACCCUAGACUAAAAGGGAGGAAGGUGAAGGCAAUAGACUGGAAACGACAUGAGCAGAAUAUCUAUACUAAGGUUACACACUGGUUUGAGGUUAUUAAAGGAGUCCUACAAGACCCGAGGGUACGGCCUGAGAAUGUGUAUAACAUGGAUGAGACGGGCGUUAUGCUGAACAUGCUUGGCUCUGUUAAAGUCCUGGUAAGCAAGGAUGACCUCCGUGACUACAGAAGAGUGCUGACGGCAGAGAACGGAUAUAAUGACUCGAAGAUCAGCUUGGAGUGGUUUACGCGUGUAUUCGAUGCUCAAACGAGUGAUCGAGCUAACAGAAAGCCUCCUGUCCUAGUUUGCGAUGGUUUUGGAACGCACGAGACCCUAGAAAUCCUGGAAUUCUGCUUCGCAAACAGCAUUACUAUGUGCCGCCUGCCGUAG